GGUGGAAAAUCUCCCUAGUAUUAGCCUUGAGAAUGCUGCUCUUUCUCCAAAUGUCACUUAUAUCCGUUGGAAGGUUCAUGGGGAUUGGGUUGCUCAGCUGAAUUACUAUGAUUCUAUUAAAGCAGUUAUUUCUGCCUCAAGUCACGAGUCUACUGCCCUAGUAAUAGGUUGUGUUGUUGCAGCUACCAAUGUUGAGCAACAGAUGAAAGAAAUAAAAGAACACAGGAAAGACUCUAAGGCAAGGAAAGGGCAGGCAAUCCUAGGAGCCCCCUCUUGUAGAGCUGAAGGGGAUCAGAUUGUUUUCCGAGUCCACAAAGGAGUGAAAACAUUUGCACUCAGUAAAAAGAACAACCUCAUCGUAACUGGAGGGAUGGAUCGAAUUGUUCGGCUGUGGAAUCCUUAUAUGCCUGGAAGGCCAACAGGCAUGCUCAGAAGCCACAUGGCCCCUAUCUUCUAUGUCUACAUUUCUGAAGAAGACAAAAUAUUUUCCAUGUCAAAAGACAACACAAUUAAGAUAUGGGAUAUUGAAGACCAGACUUGCUUAUUCACAGCCUGUUCAAAAAACAAUGGCAUUAAAGGAGAGAUCAAUGCUUGCCACUAUAUACCAGGCUCUAGAUCACUCUGUGUUGCCACAGAUGCACUGGCUGUUUUCCAUCUACGAUUACGUUUGCCUCCAGAUCCCUACUUGGUGACUUCCCAUAAGGAACCAGUCUUAUGCUGCAAAUUCAACAAACUAUUCAGGCAUGUUGUGAGCUGCUCUGAGCGUUCUGUAGUCAAAGUGUGGGAUUUUGAAAGUGGAAAGCAUCUGUUUGAAUUUGGUAAUGCUCAUGAUGGCUUUGCAAUAACCUGCCUCACCUUUGACCCAAGUGGAAGAAGACUAAUUACAGGAGGAAGAGAUGGCUGCUUGAAAAUAUGGAAUUACAAUAAUGGACAUUGUUUGUACACUUUGAAAAGGGAAGACAAAAGUAAUGAAGUCUGUGACUGCACCUAUGUGGAAGUAAACAGAAACAAGUAUAUCAUAGGUGUUGGAUGGGACAGGAGGAUAAACAUGUUUUAUGAUUCCCCAGAUAACUUCCAUCACUUCCAGAAGCCUCAAGCCCACUGGCAAGAUGAUAUUAACCGGGGACAUAAGGAGGAUAUUCUGUGCAUUGCUCAGUGUCCACCUACUCUUCUUGCCACCUCAAGUUAUGAUGGAGAAAUUAUUGUUUGGAAUAUGCUCUCAGGCCACAUAUGCCAUAAAUUCUGCACUCCUGUUCCUGCUGCCUCCACUGCUCUUGAUGCAAGCGUUACUCAACUUAUAUUUCUAAAGACCCGUGCUGUGAAAUUUGAAUCAACAGUCGCCUCUCUUAUUUCCAAUGGGCCACAAGGUAGGAUUCAUGCAAUACAGUCUGUGUUUCAGCCUAGGAGCAACUCCAGAAAAGAACUAAAACAUGUAAGUAUUCUAUUUUUGUUGUUACUAAAUAUUUCAGCUCAUGUUAUUCAUUCUUUUCCAUACAGGCUAUCUGUACUUCUGGAGUCUGUGCGCUGUGGAUCCACUUAUAGCAAGUUUUACACCUCAGAUGAAGAUGGGUUUGUGUAUGUCUAUGACAUCAAAGAUUAUGCUCUUCAAGAGUCAAAAGAAGAAGCACCAACAUAUGUGAAUCACUGGAGAGCUCAUUUAAAGCUGAUUCUGUCGUUGGAGGUUAUAGAUGAAGAUAGCAUCCUGUUAUCCUCUUCCAUUGAUCGUACUGUUCGUUUAUGGAGCCUGGAUGGAGAAUACAUUGGAACUUUUGGCCAAGCAGAACCAUGGGAAACUUUUACUCGGUCCUCCUGGAAGCAUCCCAUGGUUCCUUAUGAAAUUCUUAUAGAUCCACAAAGUAUGCCCAUUCACCCAGUACUAGAAGGCGAGUCCUCUGCCGUGCAGAUCUCAGACCAAGAUAAGACCGUUUCUGAGGCUUCCACAGCUGAGGAAGCAAGCGAUAAUCUCCGACUCUCCCAGGUUACUAUUACUGAUGAAGAUAUUAAAGAAGAAAUUAACAAGCAGUUUUACUCACAAGCUUCAGGCAGGAGAUUGAAGCAUGAGCGUUCCAAGCAUUUAAACAGACGGGUUAACCAUGGGGGACCAAACACUUAUCGCACAAUCAACUAUUAUGAAAUUGACAAUUUCCCAGGAAACUGCAAGAAGCCCGACGUAUCUGUUCUUGGUACAGACAUUUUUAGUGCUAAUUAUCAAGGAAUAGCUGAACAUUAAGGCUACUGAUCACAUCAUUUUCCAUAUCACUAGAAUAAAGCUGCUCUUAAGCUCUGGUAUAUUUUUUUCUCUCUCA